AAAGCAGAGCUGUUGAAUGUAUCGCUGUCUGCGUAUAACAUCUUUGCCUCGACUUAGGCCUCAAUUCAAACCAACUACUCCUUUGACAUACGACUUUCAACGCUUCAGACUAUCCACCAUGGCGUACACUCAAGAAAAAUUCAACCAGGAUCUAGCAAAGAUCGCUGAACUGGCUUCCCCUGCAAAGCCCACAGACAUCUACUACAAGAUCCAAUGGGAAAUGGCGAGGACUCACAAGUGUCUCAUCGAUUACUGGGUGCAGGUCCAGAAGGAAUUUGAUACCUCGGCUCCCGUAGACGACGCUGAGAACUACCUCGGAUACGCUAAACAGUGGGUGAGGAUGAUCGAAGUUCACCAUCAGCUUGAGGAGGAGGUCCAGUUCCCAUGCUGGGACGCUCAUCUGAACUCAGAAAUGGUCAAGAAUCACGAUGAGCAUGUGGAGCUUAUGGGCACUUUGUCUGGUUUCAAGAACUACCUCGAAGCUGUAUCUUCUGGCGCCGAGGCUUGGUCCGGUUCCAAAGCCAAAGAACUCUCUCAGGCUUUCCUUCCCACCUUGAUGCACCAUUUCGUCGAGGAACUAUACACCCUCGACCCUGAUCUCCUCAAGAACAGUGGGUUCACAGUAGACGAACUCAAGGUCGGAACACAAGGUGUUUCCGAACGCUCGAAAACUCUUUUGAACCCCUUCACCGACGUUGUGCCUUGUAUCACACACAACGGCGGUGCUCUUGACUGGCCGCCUGUGCCAUGGGAGAUGACUGCAGAAUUCAAAAUGCCGCCGCAGCUCUACGAAACUCAUAAAGGAUGGUGGAAAUACUCUGCUUACCCAUUGAGCGGUUGAUGGGUCAACAAUAAAUCAAUCAAGCAUUCCUUCGUGUCAUUCUGUGGACUCGUUAUCCGUCUUUGUAUCACGUCCUAGCCAUAUAAUCAUCAGCAUUUUCAUAGAGAUUGUUUCAUCAUGUUGGAGCUAUCAAGAAUCUCUUAUGUAUUAAUUGAGGCAGUCCAUUAAGCUUGAAGUGAGACAUUUAGCCGUGUAAAAACGCUUCACGAAUUACAUCUGAGUUCACCAGGCCUUGAUUAUGUAGUUCAGCCUUCUCGUACUUAUAAAUGUGACUGAUAAUCAAUAUAU